UAAUAUAAAAUAAAAGGAAAAAGAAAAAAAGAAGUUAAAAAUCGAAAAAGAGAGAAUCGCAACAAUAACGAAGAAGGAAUAUCGAGAAGGCAGGAUCGACAAAGAGCGAAAUAUUUGAGAGAAAUGCACGAAAAGGCCUUUUGGAGCGACAAGGAAAGAGUGGGGAGGCUCGCGGUAGAGAGAAUCGACGCAUCGAAGACGGCGUGCGAGAGAAUGAGAGAGAAUGAGACGAGCGCGAGCAGGAAGAGCGGCACGAGCGAGAGUCGGGGAGUUCGGGAGUACUCGGCCGCUCAGUCGAACGCGCGAUUACAAGCACACGAGACGCGUGGGCUCUCUCUCUCUCGACGAUCAAGCUGAAAGUGUUUCGUACGCGACCACGUGCCGGCUAAACCGCCGGAACGUAACAGAACGAUACACGGCGAGAACAUACAUCGAGUGAUAUCGAGUAAAGGACACAGUGCCGUUUGCACGCUCGCGAUCAUCUCCAUCGAUUUUCGCUUCGAUUUCACGAACUUCACGAAGUCUUUUUCUGCUGGAUGUGUACGGAGAGUGGAAAACAGAACGAUCGUGACUUUGAGUAAAAUUUUCCGAAGAGAACGGUGCGCGUUGUAGUGAGUGGGUGAUUUGUCAGUUGGUGACUUGAAGUGAACAUUAAAUCGAAAAAGAAAUACAACGAUCAACGAUCAAAUAGAAGGAAGUUUCACGAGCUUGGUAGAUCCAGAUGUCAUCCUCGCAUCCUCGAUCGAAGUGGGAUUGAAGUGGAAAGAAGGAAACAGGUUGGGGAUAUCAACGGUCAGUAGUAGAGUGUGUGCAAUAGAAAUCGGUGUGCGUCGAAAGUAUCCACGUCCAGUCUGUAUUUUCCUCGACGACGUCAAGCGUCGUAAAUCGUCAUCGUAAAUCAGGAUAUACAGAGGGGAAUCGAAGUAGCGCGUAAAUUGAAAGAAAGAAAUCUGAGGAGUAGAAAAAGAAGGAGGCGAAAAGUGGGGACGUUUCAAAGGUGGUUUUGGAUGUUAGAAAGCGCGGGGGUGGCUAGAGAGGCCCCGCCGCAGGGUACGGGUCCCGAUGCCGGUCCCCGUAUCGCAAACCCUUACGCUGACCUCCACCCUCGUGCCCAAGGAGGAGUCAAACAUGCCCUUCAUAGACGACGAGCUUCUUUGGUGCCCUGACAAUGACGGCAAAAUGGUCGACUUAACGCAAUGUCUUCAGGAAAGCAGUACAGGGCAGUCAGUAGAAUUUUCCCCGAUGGAAUUAAAUGCCCUUGUAGGGACGCCGGCUGCUCCAAAUAUGCCGGCAGAAGAGGGCGAAGGAAUGGCUGGUGUCACAGGAGAAGAACCCUUUGACACGUUGGACACAUUCCUUCGAGAAUUGCAAGCUGAUUUGGCUGAAGCCAGUCAACCCACGUCCACUACAACUUCCGUAACCCCUUCCUGUAGACGGCAGAGGUAUAAUAUCGCAGCCGCAAAUCCUUUGUUAGCAGAGAAAUUAGCGGCUCCUUCGUCGCAAACAUCUCCAACCUCUAUCCCGUACGCAACGAGGGCGGAAAUCAAAACGGAAAGUAUCCAGCCUGAAACAACGAAAGUGGACACGAGGGAGGUUCAGCCACACGAUGCGAGCGAGAAGGAGCAACUGGGCCUGGCCAGCGUUAAAGCGGAACCAGGAUCGACCGGUACGACGACGACAACCACGGGGACACGUCUCCUGCACGGGAUUCUCUCGCAGCAUCCCCAGCAACACGGUCUAGGGGUGCAGAAUGGAUACGGCCGCCACUUGCCCGGCCAUGCUCAAAUGGGCCAACCGUCCUACACCACUGCCACCAUGGCCACCACAAGUACGCCAGGGAGCGGAUCACUGCCAGCGAGCCCCGCGGACAGCGGAGUCAGCGACGUCGAGUCCAGCACGUCCUCAGGCGGUAACGAGGACGCGAAUCUCUUAUUGAAAGCAAGGCUCAAUCCCAAUUCGUCCCUUCAGCCAAGUCUAGCGUCUCAUCAUUCUCAUUUGUCGUCAGCAGCGCUCGGCAGGUCGGCCUGUCACAGUCCUGGUGUUUAUCCGUCGACGGCGGGCUUCCUGCCGCCCUCCUAUCAUCCUCAUCAGCAUCAUCCCUCCCAGUACCAUCCGCAUAGAGGGAGCUCGCCUCACCAUCAACACGGGAACCACACGAUGGGCCCCGCAAUGGGACCGCCCCAUCAUCAUCACCAUCAUCAAACGCAGAGUCUGCAACACUUGCAUUAUCGUCAGCCUCCUACAUUAUCCGAGAGCUAUAGCAGUUAUGUGAACUCGAUGUAUGCCAGCGGGGCUCAAUUUGCAACACCUUGUACCCCUAGUCCACCACGGGUACCUGGAGGAGUUCCAACGAGUGUAAUUCAAGCAGCUACCAGUUCGGUUUCCGACGAUUUAUAUCUACUGGAAUUAGGUUUUCCCCCACGGUCGAAGAAGAACAAGUUGAAAAAACCGCGUCAAGGAGACGGUGCUGCGGUAAAAAAAUCUCGCGAGGGUUCGACGACGUAUCUUUGGGAAUUUUUGUUAAAAUUACUACAGGAUCGAGAGUAUUGCCCUCGAUACAUCAAGUGGACGAAUCGCGAACGAGGUGUCUUCAAAUUGGUGGACAGCAAAGCAGUAUCUCGUCUAUGGGGUUUGCACAAGAAUAAGCCGGACAUGAACUAUGAAACGAUGGGUCGAGCCCUGCGUUAUUAUUAUCAGCGUGGUAUCUUGGCAAAAGUUGACGGACAGAGGCUAGUCUAUCAAUUCGUGGAUGUACCGAAAGAUAUUAUAGAAAUUGACUGUACCGGCGCGUGAGAUAGGGUUCGAUCGAAGGAACAGCAGCACGGCGAGAGGCGAGCUAUACGGGAAAAGAGUGAUUCGUGUAUUUAUGCUGCGAUCUUUCGCGAGAACACAUCGUUAUCGUCAUCAUCGUUCUCAUCAAGCAGCUCUUCCUGCCACAAUGUGCUUACUUGGCACACCCCUCAGACGAUCUAAAGCAUACCCUCUCUCUGACUUCGUUUGUUCCUUGUAUUAUAAAUAUAUACUUAUAGAGACAUAUAUUAAAACGUGAAUAGCGCAUGCGCACGGAUGCUGCCGCGUGAGGAUGAGUGUUUUGUUUUUGUCGACGCGACAGUUGCCACGUACGGUAUACCUAUGCAAUUACCGUAUAUUGUAAUUUCGUCCUCCUUUGGUCUUUCUUUUUCUUAUUAUUCUUUGGCGGUAUACGUCAAUAAUAAUCGUACUAAGCUUUACAACGUUUAUGUAUAUUAUAUAUGUAUAUAUACAUAUAUAUAUAUAUACACACGUAUAUGCAUACAUAUAUGUAUAUAAUAUGUAUACGUUGAGCUCGUUCAAAUUUGUACAAAAUUUAGUUUUUAAAAAUGCUACGGCACAAAUGUUAUUAAAUAUGUUUUAAUCAAGAGUAAAUGAAGAAAGAAAAAAUUAAAAUGAAUCUAUUACUUAACAUAUAGCCGAAAUAUAGGCUAACAAUUGUACAUUCAAGAAUGCGAUAAAUUAUUUAUUGUAUAUUAGACGAUUAUAUAUGUUACCUAGAAAAAAGAAAAAAAGAAAUUGUUAUAUACGUCGAUGUCGAUGAAGGGAAUCAUAAGAAAGCAAAGGGGAAGUAAAACUUAACACAAUGUGCAUGCACGCGUAUGUGGAAAGUUUAAAGAAGAAAAAACCGAAACGAAAUGAGGGCUGUGAAAAGAUUCAGAAAGGAAGAAAAUAUGAUAGUGCGGAAAUGAUAAAGAUGUUAAAAAAGUUUUACGGAGCGAGCUCAGGGAGAGGUACACAUAUAUACAAACACACAUUUAAACACUACACGUGCAUACGUGUGUAUGAUUGCACACGGCUGUACGUCUAUACAAACACAGUAUCCACACACUAUAUUUUUUUAAAUAUAAGCGAAAAAAGGGCGACUCUUCUAUUUGAGCUGAAGGUUCAACAAUGUAAGGUGCUGGCUAUACACACGAGGUCCAAGAAUGUUAUUUAGCAAGCUAGUGUUACUAAUUCAUAAAAAAAAUUAUUGAAAACAGACAUUAUAUCUCUGUAUAUAUAAAAUUACACCUUUUAGUAUAUAUUAUUGAAUAUUAUAUAUAUAUUAUAUGAAUAUAUAUUGUAUGUUAUGUAGUAAAUGGAGUGAGUUAAUGUAUCUCUAUGAGAUUUUUUGUCACGUCUGCAUAGGAAGAAGUUUGAGUAACCGUCUAUCCGUACGAUGUCUCUAUUCCUGUCUUUUUAUAUAGGAAAAAAAGGAAGUAAACACUGUGGAAGCAUUAUCGUUUUUCUCUUGUAUUGUAAUUCUCUUUUUUUUUCUUCUUUUUUUUUUCCUUUUUAAUAAACUAUCGACAUUGAGAUCAAACGAUAAUGAAUUGAUUUGCAUGGUCAGUGAUUUGAUUCCAUGAUCUGCAAAAAAAAAAAAAACGCACAUCCGCGUGUUUCCUGUGCUCAGCUGGAAUUAGAGACAUCAUACUUUUCUAAACGUUUUAGAAUAUAAUAGCCUUCCUAAGAUGUAAGGGGCGUUCGAAACAUGAUAAGUUAGAGAGAAAUUUAAUUUAUUGAGCAGCAGCCCGCCCCUAAAUACGGACGUGAUGUGCGAGUGCAAGCGUAUCCUAUAGAAAUAAGUUUUGUACAUAAAGAUUCGUUGAGAGCAUACUUAGAAAGAAUAUUACGCUACGUUAUCUUCGUAAUCGUGGACAAACGAAAAAAGAGAAAAAAA